AAAUUAGGACAGGCCGAACCUAAGAAGCCCGACGUUUCUUCCGGUGCUGCUCCCCUAUCCUCUCCGGUCUCCUCCUACUAGCAGCCCUAGCGCUCAGCCAGGCUGCCAGUCCCUUGAGCUCUCGGCUCUGAGCCCCACCCUACCCCCGGGCUGCUUCCUAGGUGACUCUUCAGGCCUAGCAUUCCACCUCCCGGAGGUUCGUAGGUGGCCUUAGACCCCCCCACCCCCACAGGGCACUGUGGGCUGGCUGUGUCCCCGCCCUCGCGUCAACUGCAGGGGGCCCGCCCAUAGCCAGUUCGGGGCGGUUGCUCGGUUCUCCCUGAACUCCCCGCCCCCUCCUGCGGCCCGGGGCCUGUAGGAGCCCGCAGAGAGGAGGUAGGAGAGGCGGGGGUUGUGCUAGGGUCUCCCUAGAGGACGAGGACCCUGGAGGCGGGAUCUUGGGGCGACACACAGGUGGAGCCAGCCAUUAAGCAGUCCCACUUCUGUGCUAGGCACUGAACUGGGCACUUGAGGAGCAUCACCUCCUAAUCCUCAGAACAUUCCAGGGAGCCUGGGACACAGAGAAGGUGCAAAGGUAGAAUGAGAUGAGACAAGGAGAGUCUGGGAGAACCCUGAAGAUAGAAUGCCUGAAACAGCCCAACAUUGGAAAACAGAGAACAUGGGAAGACAGGGUGCACUGGUAUCUCUCCCUUAGUGCUGCAGGUUCGAGACUACUGUGGUGCAAAUUGCAACUAGGAGACCGGCCUAAACAUGCAGGGUCCCAUCUCCUGGGCCAUGAGUGAGCUGAAGGACUGCCCAUUGCAGUUUCAUGACUUCAAGUCUGUGGACCACCUGAAGGUCUGUCCCCGGUACACGGCAGUGCUGGCCCGCUCUGAGGAUGAUGGCAUUGGUAUUGAGGAGCUGGACACACUGCAGCUGGAGCUUGAGACACUGCUGUCCUCAGCAAGCAGGCGACUGCGUGUACUGGAAGCCGAAACCCAGAUCCUUACUGACUGGCAGGAUAAGAAAGGUGACCGACGGUUCCUGAAGCUGGGUCGAGACCAUGAACUCGGUGCUCCCCCAAAACAUGGGAAACCUAAGAAACAGAAACUGGAAGGGAAGACAGGACACGGGCCAGGCCCUGGUCCAGGACGACCCAAAUCCAAAAACGUUCAGCCCAAGAUCCAGGAAUAUGAAUUCACUGAUGACCCAAUCGACGUGCCUCGGAUCCCCAAGAAUGAUGCUCCCAACAGGUUCUGGGCCUCUGUGGAGCCCUAUUGUGCCGACAUCACCAGUGAGGAGGUGCGAACUCUAGAGGAGCUCUUGAAGCCCCCUGAAGAUGAAGCUGAACAUUACAAGAUCCCCCCACUGGGCAAACACUACUCCCAGCGCUGGGCACAGGAGGACCUGCUAGAGGAGCAGAAGGACGGGGCUCGAGCAGCAGCUGUGGCUGACAAGAAGAAAGGCCUCAUGGGACCGCUGACUGAACUGGACACAAAAGAUGUGGAUGCCCUGCUGAAGAAGUCUGAGGCCCAGCAUGAGCAGCCAGAAGAUGGGUGUCCCUUUGGUGCCCUGACACAGCGCCUACUGCAGGCUCUGGUAGAGGAAAAUAUUAUUUCCCCCAUGGAGGACUCUCCUAUUCCUGACAUGUCUGGGAAAGAAUCGGGGGCUGACGGAGCAAGCACCUCUCCCCGAAAUCAGAACAAGCCCUUCAGCGUGCCACAUACCAAGUCCCUGGAGAGCCGCAUCAAGGAGGAACUGAUUGCCCAGGGCCUCCUGGAGUCUGAGGACCGGCCUGCUGAGGACUCAGAGGAUGAGGUCCUUGCCGAGCUGCGCAAACGGCAGGCUGAGCUGAAGGCACUCAGUGCACACAACCGCACCAAGAAGCACGACCUGCUGAGGUUGGCCAAGGAGGAGGUGAGCCGGCAGGAGCUGAGGCAGCGGGUCCGCAUGGCAGACAAUGAGGUCAUGGAUGCCUUCCGCAAGAUCAUGGCUGCCCGGCAGAAGAAGCGCACCCCCACAAAGAAGGAAAAGGACCAGGCCUGGAAGACCCUGAAGGAGCGAGAGAGCAUCCUGAAGCUCCUAGAUGGGUAGCCUCACCUGUUGCUGGCCAUCUCCCUGGCCUGUGAAGCCUUGGCUGGAGGCUGCCGUAAAAUGACAACAGUCUCAGGGCUGAAACCCUCGCAGGCCACUCAGCUGAGCGUUGUGCAGCCAGCAUGCAAGGCCUUACUGUGCUGGCCCAGACCUAGCGUCUGCCUGGUGCCCACGUGAGCGGGCUUGCCCUGGUUGUCCCCUUUCCCUCUUCCCAUCUCCUCAACACCUCUUCCUCAAGGACUUCUUCUUUGUGGUUUUGUAAAGUACAAACUUAAGA